UUCUUGAUGACAUGAAAACACAAUACGAUCAAGCUAAUCAACAGCAUCAACAAUACACUAACGAUGCAAAUAACUUUCAAUCGGCCCUUUCAAAUCUUCAAGCUACUGCUAAUGCUAAAUAUGAAGAAAUCCAUAAACUUUGUAAAGAAUUAAGUAAAAUUUGUUCUCGAUUUAACUUUGUUGAUGAACUUCAUGCAAAUAUUGAGAGUAUGAGACAAGAUGCGAGAUUGAUACAAAAUGUUAAUAUACGAAAAAAUGCUGAAUCUGAGAUUGCAAGACUUGAAAAAUUAGCUAAUGACUUAUCUUCCAAUCGGGUUCGUCAUGACACUUCAAUUUCCGAUUUCGCCAUAUACAAUUCCAAUACACAUGAUGAUUAUGAUGAUAUAAUGUCAACAAAUCAAAGUCCUAAUAUUCAAUAUAUUGGAAAAUCAAAAUUUGGAAAAAAAUUAAAGAAUAUUUUCAAGAAGAAAUAA